CCCACCAAAGUAUAUUUAUCUUCUGGACUACUCCUUCACACACACCAAACGACAAUGGCAGCGCCGCCGAUCAACAUCGGGAUCGUCGGCUGCGCCGACAUAUCCCGCAAAAUCUCCCGCGCAAUAACCCUCUCCCCCAACUCCACAAUCUGCGCCGUCGGCAGCCGCUCCGCCGAAAAGGCCGCCCGAUUCGCCGCCGACAACGGCCUCCCGGAUUCCACCAAGAUACACCCCUCCUACGACGCCGUUUUGGACGACCCUGACGUCGACGCCGUCUACAUGCCGCUCCCGACCGGCCUACAUAUAAAAUGGGCCGUCGCGGCGGCCCGCCGGAAAAAGCACCUCCUGCUGGAGAAGCCCCUUGGCCUGAAUGUCAGGGAGGUCGACACCAUCCUCGAGGCCUGCGAAUCCAAUGGCGUCCAGAUCAUGGACGGCACCAUGUGGAUGCACAAUCCCCGAACGACGAAGAUGAAGGAGUUCCUAUCCGAUCCUUCUGAAUUCGGAAACCUCAAAUCUGUCCACAGCUGCUUCACCUUCGCCGCAGACGAAGACUAUCUGAAGAACAACAUCCGCGUGAAGCCCGAUCUCGACGGCCUCGGCGCUCUCGGCGACGCAGGAUGGUACUGCAUAAGGUCGAUUCUAUGGGCGGUGGACUUCGACCUCCCCAAAACGGUCCUCGCCUUGCGCGGCGCGGUUUUCAACGCCGCCGGCGUGAUCUUAUCCUGCAGCGCCGCCCUGAGUUGGGAGGACGGCAAGGUCGCGACCUUUCACUGCUCCUUCCUCGCCAAUUUGACAAUGGACAUGACGGUGAUUGGAACGAAGGGCACUCUGCACCUCCAUGACUUCAUCAUUCCGUUCGAGGAGGCGAAGGCGUCGUUUUCGGCGUCGGUGGAGCCGGAGUUCAACGAUCUGGUGACGGGAUGGGCGCGUGGGCCGCGCGUAGUGACUGUGGCGACGGAGCUUCCGCAGGAGGCUCUGAUGGUGAGGGAGUUCUGCAGAUUGGUGCAGAGGAUUAAAUAUGAAGGCGGCCGGCCGGAGAAGAAGUGGCCGAGUAUCAGUAGGAAGACGCACCUGAUUCUGGAUGCAGUGAAGGCGUCCAUUGAGAGUGGGUACCAAACUGUCCACGUCGCCGGAUAGAUCGAUGCCGCCGGUGGACUUGUCGUUUUCCGGCCAUGGGACACCAGAUUCGUCGUUUUCGUUUGGUCCAGCACAUCUGUUUCUUUUUUUUUUUUUCAUCUAAAAUAAUUAAAUCGAACCUAAAUUUUUUUAUUUAACUAGUAAAUUAUAACAUAAAUUCAAGACUAUAUUUAUUUUUACAUAUUUAAAAUUUUUAAUUUUAUUUACAAUAAUAUAUAUCUUUAAAUAAAAUGUUGUACUCCAUCAAUUUUUUUUGUUAUUUUAAAUUUUUUUACAAAAUGUUUCGCGUAAAUCCAAACAUCCUGUUAAAUUGGGCUGUUAACUAUAAUGGAGCCUGUAUCGGUUAAGGACAAGAAUCUCUCUAUAUAUAUAUAGAGAUCGAGAUCAGUUUUGAGUCAUUUCUUUACCAUGUGUAUUAAAAAAGUGCAGCGUGGUUUUGCAUUCUGAAAUAUCA